AUGACGAACAAAAAAGACAAUAAAAAGAAAACCUCACAAGAUGAGAAAUAUAAAAAACAAGAAUCUGGCUUUUCCAGCGGUAAAAUCAUCUUUAUAUCAGCAAUAUGUGCUGGUCUGUGUUCAUAUUACCUGUACAAGCGACUCACCACCCCACCGGAGCCACCAGUAUUGGACUUCAAUGAAUAUUGGGGAACCUAUCCAAUGAAAAUGGAUCCCGAUCUAUCCAUAAGACCCUAUGAGAUCGAAUUUUCAGAAGUUAUGGUAAAUGAUUUAAGAGAGAGAUUGUUACAUCGUAGACCAUUUCAACCUCCGCUUGAAAAUUCAGGCUUCACAUAUGGCUUCAACAGCAACUUUCUAACAAGGGUCCUAGAUUAUUGGCAGAACAAAUACAAUUUCAAAGAACGGGAACAAUUUUUCAACAAAUAUAACCAUUAUAUAACCAAUAUACAAGGCCUGGACAUACAUUACAUUCAUGUAAAACCACAAGUUCCAGAUGAUAUUGAAGUGGUGCCUUUAUUACUGUUGCACGGCUGGCCAGGCUCUGUGAGAGAGUUCUAUGAACUAAUACCUAAAUUAACCAGCCCUCAAAAUGAUUACAAGUUUGUGUUUGAGGUCAUUGCUCCCAGUCUGCCGGGAUUUGGAUUUUCAGAGGCCCCUUCAAGACCUGGUUUUGGUCCGGUAGAGAUGUCCGUUGUCAUAUCAAACUUAAUGAAAAGGAUCGGACACAAUAAAUAUUACAUACAAGGCGGGGACUUCGGACAUAUGUUAGGUUCAGUCAUAGCUACACUUAUGCCCGAUGAAGUAUUGGGUUUUCAUACAAACAUGCCUGUAUUAUUAUUCCAUCCAUUGGCAAAUAUAUAUAUGAUGCUUGGAUCUCUCUGGCCGAGUCUUUUAGUUGAACCUGAAGAACAAUCUCGUAUUUAUCCAUACACCAAAUAUUUAAUGAGGAUUAUUGAAGAAUCGGGUUAUUUACACAUACAAGCUACAAAACCUGACACUGUUGGUAUAGGUCUAACAGAUUCUCCGGCGGGUUUAGCGGCUUAUAUAUUAGAGAAAUUCUCCACUUGGACCAAUAAUGAAUAUAAGAUGGCGGGCGAUGGAAAUCUAUUACAGAAAUACUCUCUGACACAUUUAUUGGAUAAUAUUAUGGUGUAUUGGAGCACUAAUACUAUCACUACUUCUAUGAGAUUGUAUGCUGAGACUAUGAACAGGAGAUAUAUGUGUAUGAAUAUUGACAUGAUCCCCACAUCAGUGCCCACGUGGGGUAUAAAGUUCAAGCAUGAGUUGUCUUUCUCACCGGACGUAGUAUUACGUCUUAAGUACACUCGGUAUGUACACAGUAGCGUUGUGGAGGACGGAGGACACUUCGCUAGUCUCGAACACCCGGAUAUACUUGCUAAUGACGUAUUCCGAGCUGUGGACCACUUCCGGGACUUGAAUGGAGGAAAACCUCAAGAAACAUCACAAUUGAAUAAUAAUGAACCACAAACGAUAUACGACUUCACUGUCACAGACAUAUACGGGAGAGAAGUUAAACUAGAUAAAUAUAAAGGAAAAGUAGUUAUUAUAGUGAAUGUAGCAUCACACUGUGGACUUACUGAUAAAAAUUACGAACAACUAAACGAACUACACAAUAAAUACUCAAAGAGCAAUGACCUAAGAAUAUUGGCGUUCCCUUGCAAUCAAUUCGGAGGACAAGAACCUGGGAAUGACAAAGAUAUAAGAAAAUUCAUCACCGAUAGAAAAAUUCAGUUUGAUGUGUUCCAGAAAUUAAAUGUGAAUGGUGAUGACGCACAUCCGCUGUUUGUGUAUUUAAAGAGAGUGUUGAGAGGAAGUUUUGGUGAUAGCAUCAAGUGGAAUUUCUCAAAGUUUAUUGUGGAUAGAAAUGGUGUUCCCGUUGAGAGAUUCGGACCACAUGUUGACCCUGUAGAUUUGGAACCUAGCUUGGCUAAAUACUGGUAA